GAGAGAGAGAAACAAAAAGGUGAAGGAGUGGGAGUAACGUAUUGAGUAGUCAGAGAGAGAGAGAAGUUCGCAGUGGCGAGAGUGAGGAGCAAUUGUGCGCGCGCGCGCGCGCACCUAUUGUGAAAAGUGAGGGAGAAAGAUAAGACGAUAGUGUAUGCGUUGAAGCGAGAGAGAAGAUUCGGCAGGUUGGAUGGAUGCUGGUCCACUGCACGGUGGGGAGUCCACCGUGCACCGUGCAUUCGGUUGUGUUAUACUCUAAAGGCCUAAAUGCGCGCCAGAUAGAAGACAGAAAACUCUUUUUAACGGCGUAAUUACCGACGAAUUGAUUUUGACGCGGUUGGAUCCCGAACGAAAGCUCAUGGUGGUGUGGGGCUGAUAGUAGUAGUAUAGAGUAUGCUGUCGCGCCAUCUUUAUACCGGAAAAGAGGGGACCUCCCUUUGACCAGUUCUCUAUCUUUCUUCAAACUAAUAAUUUCGAUUCUAUCAAUAACCAAGGUUAUCUUUAACAGUGUUAACACGAUCCAAAUAUUCGAGGAUUAUCUUACGUUUGUUCGCUUCAGUUCGUUUCGUUUCGUUUCGUUUCGUUCCUUCGUUUGUUUGUUUGUUUUUUGUUUCGUUUCUUUUUUGUUUUUUUUUUUCGUUAUUUCUUUUUUUAUUUUUGUUUUUUCAAAUAUAUCGAAUAUAUUUCCUCCUCCAAUCCCCACCCCUCCCCCGAUGAAAGAGUAGUGCAUAUUUGUAUGCAGAAAUUUUUCUUUUUUAUUAUUAUUAUUUUUGCUUUUUUUCCCUCCUUUUUCUCCUCGUCUCUUCGUUUUCCCAUUUUUGAUUUCCCGUUUUUUCGAUUCUCUUUUCUUUGCUUCUCUUCUUUGUUUGUUUCUUUUUUCUUUUUCUCCUAAGAAUCCUUUUGACGGUGUUCACGUCAAGUGCAUGGAAUAAUGUUAGUGUACAUUUUUUGAAAUAUACGAGAAAAAUAAACGAUCGACUAAACACGACGGUGACACAUAUCUCUGUUUAAUUCGUUUCCGUGAACCAUUUCCGAUGUUUUAGAUUUGCUUUUUUUCUGAUUCUUCUUUUCUUUCUUUCUUUUUUUUUUUUUUUUAUUUAUUUAUUUAUUUUAUUUUGUUUUUUUAUUUUUUCUCCCUUCUUCUUUAUAUCGAACCAACGAUGACAACGUUUAUACCUGUGAAACAUCCACCUAUUGGUUAUUAAAUACGGAUAUAGACAUCUUUCAUUCUCGUAGAACGAAACAUUUCGAAUAAAAAAAAAAAAGAACAAAAGAAAAGAAGAGAAAAACAACAAAUUAGAAGAAGAAAGAAUCAACGAAGUGUCCACAAGAUAUCCAAUUGAAAACGAGAAGUCGUAAUUUUCACUUAAAAAAAAAAAAAAAUUUGUUUAUAUAUAUAUUCACGAAAAUCGCGGAUACUGAGUGCCAGUCGUUAAGCCAGAAGAUGAUAAAGAAAGAUUGCCCUUCUUUCGUUAUUUUUCGUUUCUUUUUAAAUUCAACUAUGAGGCCGAAGAGUUUGUUAAGGAACAACUGUGGAUUUGGCGUUUCGUUUUCCGAAGUAUGUCAAGCACCGACGGCUUGAUAAAAGUGCUCGCCACUUUUGAGAAGUCGGUGGUGUGCUGAAAUCGCUUUGCGACAAGGGAGACUAAUUGGUCCUCGCCUGUUCUGAGGCGCCAAUGAGAAGCCUGCUCUUAUUCAAGAAAGAAAGAAAGAAAGAGAAGAAAUAUUAAUCGCAAUGAUAGACUCACAACGACGACGAUGACGACGACGACGACGACGACGAAUCACGUGCUUAUUUUUACUCGAAGAAGUCCGUCGGUGAUUCUUGCAAUGUAGCGAACAGCCCAACUUCAGAUCUUACCUUAGAUCUCAGCAAUACUCGGCAUCAUUAUCAUCAUCAUCAUCGUCAUCACCAUCACCAUCAUCAUCGACGUAACGACAACCAGAAUCAAAACCACAACAACAAUAACAGUCUUAUCAAUAACAACAAUAAAAAUAACAACGAUAACAACAACUCGAUAAGCCUUGUGACGAGCGAACCUCAAGAAAUCGUGAUGAAGGAGAAAAGUAAGACAGCGGCCCGAUGGCGUCGGGAAAAAGAAAACAAGGAAUACCUCGAACUUGGAAAACUUUUACCGCUUCCAUCAACGAUCACUUCACAAUUGGACAAGGCCAGUAUCAUCAGGCUAACCACUAGCAACCUCAAGAUGAGAGCAUUAUUUCCUCACGGACUGGGUGAUGACUGGGGUACUAGACCACCGCCUAGUAGUCCUUUGGAAGCUGGUAUUAAAGAAUUAGGAUCACUUUUUUUGAAAACUCUAGACGGUUUCGUAUUCGUUGUGACACCCGAUGGAAAAAUCGUUUAUGUUAGUGAAACAGCGAGUGUACACCUAGGAAUGUCUCAGGUUGAAUUGACAGGUAAUAAUAUAUACGAAUACAUUUGUCAGUACGACCACGAAGAGAUGUUUUCGGUGUUGAAUCUCCCACAAAAUCCGGCAGAUCUCACCGAUUUUAUGUUUCCACCUCCGAACUCACGCGGUGAAAUCGAUCUAGAACGUGUCUUCUUUCUGAGAAUGAAAUGUAUCUUAGCGAAGAGAAGCGCUGGUCUUGUCACGGAAGGAUACAAGGUUAUUCAUUGUUCGGGUUACCUCAAGUGCAUCAUUGAAAGUUCAACUGGGUCAGAAUACGAAGACGGUGGUACUGCUGGUAGAUGCAUCAGAAAUAUUUGUCUCUUAGCCGUCGGCCAUUCCUUUCCAACUUCUGCCAUUACGGAAAUCAAACUUUAUAACAAUAUGUUUAUGUUCAGAGCGUCCCUCGAUCUCAAGAUGAUAUUCAUCGAUUCGAACGCAACGAAUUUAACAGGCUACCAACCACAGGAUCUCAUCGAAAAAACUCUCUAUCAUUAUGUACAUGGAAGCGACGCGUUGCACUUGAAACAAGCACACCGAGUUCUAUUACGAAAGGGUCAAGUAACAACGAAGUACUACAGAUUUCUAACGAAAUUGGGCGGUUGGGUGUGGAUGCAAUCAUAUGCCACGGUCGUUCAUAAUACAAGAAGCUCAAGGCCUCAUUGCAUCGUCUCAGUGAAUUAUAUUUUAACAGAGAUUGAAAACAUGGGACUGGUGUUGAAUUGCGUCGAGGGACCUUGUUCGACAAGUCCUGGAAACCCAUCUAGCACGGCCUUAACUACUCCAACAACAAGUGCUAAUACAAACAAAUUGGAAAAUCACAGUCCAAGUUCGCCGUCCUUUCGUGGAAGAGUUAAGGAAUCACCAGAUACAGAUUAUACAGACAGUUCUGGUUAUUCUGGCACAGAAUUUAUAGCCUGUUCUACAAAUUACAGUCACUUUCUUUCGUCUCCUUAUGCUGUUAAUGGACCGAUACUAGAAGAUGGCAUUUAUUACAAUACCGAAGUUUUUCAUUUGUACGGAGAUAUAAAUCACGAUCCACUUACCACGGUACCACCACCGCCACAACAACAACAACAACCACAACAACAACAACAACAACAACAACAACAACAACAGCAACAGCAACAACAACAACAACAAGAAACACAUCAUCAUCAAAUACAAAGUAAUCAACAGAGGAGGCCAUAUUCUACGUCAUCCAGUUCUUGCGGUAGCACCGAUACUAUGGAUAAUCAUUUACCUAGUCCAAUCGGUUUACAUUCUAUUCCGUCGGGAUAUCAUCCUCCUCCUCCUGCACCUCAUCCAUCUCAUCAUCAUCCUCAUCAUCAUCAUCAACAUCAUCACCACCAUCAUCACAAUCAACAUCAGCUUGCAGACUCGACCUCGUCAAGCAUCACGGAAACAGGUGGCAGUGUCAUCAUGUAUUCUGAUUGUGGCUUUGAUAACAACGACGUUUACAAUGGUGUACCAACAACUCCGACGACCCUUCAACAUCACGAUACCUCUUAUCAGUCACAAAGAAAUACAAACGGAACUGCUGGUAGCAAUGUUAAACAACAGGCCCAACAUCAUCACCAUAUCGAACAAUCGACCGCCGGUUACACAAGUGUUAUCGUCGACUCUCAACAAUACAGUCCAAAUCCUACGCAAGAUCUUCAUCCCCAUGCUCAUCAUCAGGCUGUCACAUCGAGUGGUAGCACGUCUCCUCUAGUAACGCAUCAUCAGCAUUAUUACGAAACGCAUCACCAAUUCGUUCACUGACACCAAACGAUGAUGCGAGUAAUGCUUGUCGUCGAGACAUCAACAAGCUUACGAAUUCAAUGAUUCUAGGAACCAAUGAUUAUUCUGCAAUUUUAUUGCGAUUUAAUCUGGCUCUUUUGAAGUAUAAUGAAUGUAAGGAACAAACAGAAAAAAAAUAUUAAUAAUAAUAAUAAUAAUAAUAAUAAUAAUAAUAAUAAUAAUAAUAAUAAUAAUAAUAAGAAUAAGA